GAGAGCCCCGGACCGAGCCCGACACCAAGGUUGGGGCCAAGCCCAAGACCGAGGCCAAGCCCAAGAACGGGGCAAAGCCCAAGAACGGUGCCAAGCCCAAGAACGGGGCCGAGAAGUCGGAGAGCAAAGAGGGCGACAGCAGCACCCCCACCGAGACGCCUAAGAGGAAGCUCACUGCUGGCGACCUUGUGAAGUUCGCCGACGACUUGGAGAAGGAGGAGCCGGCCGAGCAGCAGGGCGGCCAGGACGACGAGGCCGAAGAGCAGGGCAGCCGAGACCGUUGCAAGAACCGCUGGUUGCAGAAGAGGAAGAAGGCUGGCAACGUUCCGGAGGAACUUCUCAGCUACCUCGAGAAGUGCGGUCGCCAGGACACGACGGACGCCGUGAACCGCCUGGUGAAGCGAGGCAAAGGAGGACGGUUCGAGCUGUGCUUGGAGAACGCCUGGUGGAAGGAAACUCACCAGAAGUUCGACAGUGUCAAGGGCAAGGACAAGGCCCUGGGCUACACCCUGACCAGAGCCAAGGCUUUGUGUGGUGGCCAGCAAGGGCUGGACCAAGCCCUGCAAACCGGCGAAGUCAGGCAGGUCACGGAGGACGGCACCACUUACUACGUUUUCAAGGAGAUCCAGGUGACCCACGAGAAGGGAGUACAUAGCCAGACCUCUUGCGAGGGUGCUACAGAGGUGGACCAUGGGGUCCACUCGAAGUUCAAGGACUUCGUGCAGGGCUACGACUUGAGCAUGCUUCAAAGGAACUUGCAAACGGUCCUGAGCAAGAUCAGUGAGCUUCACGAGGUGGCAGUGUUUAACACGCACCGCAAAAACCCCGUGAACAGCUUGGUCGUCAGCAACUUGCUUCGGGAGGCGGCAGCGGCAGUCUCCGAGCUCCAGGAGAGCAUGUCCAUGUGCCGUGGUCUGGUGUCUAUGUUCGUCGCGAACUCGCAGCAGCCAUUCUUGGCUUUCCCUGCCAUGAAGGCCAAGGCCGCCGAGGUUAAACACUGCCUGAGGCCAUUGCUGGAGGUGUGGAGGUUGCACUAUAUGUCUCCACACUCACAAGAGGAUGCUGAAGUGCUGCUUCUCUUGCAGCGAGCAGCGGAUAUGGACGACCUGCUAGAUCAGGAUCCCACCCAAGCCGUGCUCCUUUACCAAGAUUCCAUCCGGCUUUGUGUUCUUGGUUUCGAAUACUUCGGCUUGAUGGGUCGUCUCAUGAAGCGGUUUUUGUUACAGGGAGACAUGGCCUUCAACGUGACCUUUAAGGCUCACUGGCUGUGCCACGGACUCUUGGAAAGUCAUUUCUUAAGUCCAAGGGUCGGUGCCUGCUAUGGGCAAGAAGACCUAAUGCAAAUCGUUCGCCGAAUGGUGAGUGUCUGCACCCGGUCGAGGAAUCCUGUAGCCACCGUACAGAAGGCCAUGCAAAAGUAUGUCAUGGCAUUGCAUGUCGACUACAGCCGGAUGUGA